AUGUCCUUCCUGAGGGAGGAGUAUGGGAGGCCUGGGAACCUGAGCAGUCUGCUGGGGUUGGGACACCAUGUGGAGGUAGAGCUGGGGGAGACAGAGCUCCAUCUGUUCUCCUUCUCCUCUGGGAAACUGGACCAAGCUGAGAAGGAUCUCCUAGUGGAGUUUGGGGAGGAGAAGAUCGACGUGCCCAACAGUGCCUUCCUGGAUGAACUGAAGUCCAAACUUGAGACAAAGGUGAAGGAGAUGAACCAGAGCAGACGCAGGGUGGUGGCCAGGUAUGGUCCUGGGUGUAGAGUGCAGCUGCUGGGCCACCUGAAGCAGGUUCAGGAGCUGAGGGAGGAGAUUUUGGCCUUUCUAAUAGACCAGUCCAGUGUAAGCGUUGUGGGACGCCCUCAACAGAACCAUGGUGGCGUAGUCGGUGAAGCAGGCGCCGGACCAAGAUCUAACAGGACGGUCGCAGCCGCCAGCUAUCACCUCCGGGGGGGGCUGCAGGUAGUUGUUUGUCAGGGUGACAUCACCAAGGAACGGGCAGACGCACUGGUGAACGCAGCCAAUGAGUAUCUGGAUCACGCUGGGGGCGUGGCUGCAGCUCUGAGCCGGGCGGGGGGGCCUGAGGUACAGCGGGCCAGCAGGGAUCUGGUUAGGCAGAUAGGGAGAGUACCUACAGGUACAGUGGUAGAGACUACAGGAGGGAAUCUGCCUUGUAAGAUGCUGCUGCAUGCAGUGGGACCAGUAGGGGGCAGCGUAGGUGGGAAUGAGCGCCCUCUGCUGGAGAAGACAGUAAAGGCAGCCCUGGAUCUGGCAGAGACCUUGGAGCUCCAGACCCUGGCCAUACCCUGCAUCAGCUCGGGGAUUUUCGGCGUUCCUCUGAAGGUGUGCUCUGAGGCCAUAGUCUCUGCUGUGAGGGACUUUGGGAGGGAACAGCGCAUCCUUACCAAGGUCACUCUGAUUGAUGUGAGUGGAGAGGCAGUGAGAGCCAUGCAGGAGGCCUGUGAUAGGCUGUUACAGGAUAAGAGGGAGUUUUCUGGGUGGGAGGUAGAGUCCAGCACCACCACUACACAUGCUCCUCAGAGAGACACCACUGCUGCCUCCGCCAGGGGAACAGCUGCUCCACAGGUCUGUGUCCAGGUGGAGAUCAUCCAGGGAACCAUAGAGAAGCAGGAGGUGGAUGCUCUGGUGUCACCCAUGGUUGGUAGUGACCCUCUCUCCUCCCGAGUGGGUAAUGUCUUGUUGGAGGCAGCUGGACCGGCGCUGAGAACAGCGUUUCUGAGGGAAUCAGGGGGACGGACUGCACCUGGUGACAACGUUCUGGUGGAGGGACUGUCUGGUCUCAGCUCUGGCCGUGUCUUCUUCCUCAGCUGUGCACACUGGGACAACAACCCCCAAGGACCUGCAGUACAGGCUCUGAUGCAGGGCGUGAGGAAAAUCCUGACUUCUUGUGAGAACCGGGGCUUCCGUUCCGUUGCCUUCCCUGUAGUUGGAACUGGUGAGGUUCUCCAGUUCCCUCACAAUGUGGCAACGCAGGUUCUGCUAGAAGAGAUCCAUAGGUAUGAACAGAACCGAGCGAGCAGAACUCCCUUCCUUGUCCGCAUUGUCGUCCAUCCCAAUGACAGAGAUUCUACCAAGCUUUUCAAACUACCCAGAAUGCUUUGCAUCUCAGAGGGUUCACAUUGGGCGCUCGACCAGAGCAAGACAGCAGGGUUGUGCUGCUUGGUAUAACCGGAGGAGGUAAAAGCAGUGCUGGAAACACCAUCUUCGGACAAGAUGAUGUGUUCCUCUCAGACAGUUCCUCCACCUCCUCAACACAGAUAUGUAAAGCUCAUACCAAGAACAUCAAAGGAAGAAACAUCACCCUGAUUGACACACCUGGAUUCUUUGACACUGACAUCCCUGAAGAGGAGCUGAAACCUAAAAUAGUCAAAUGUAUAACAGAGUGUGCUCCGGGGCCACAUGCCUUUCUCAUUGUACUGAAAGUUGAACGGUACACAGUCCACGAGAACGAAGCCGUGGCGAAAAUCGAGACUUAUUUUUCACCAGAGGCCUUCAAAUAUGCCACAGUCCUCUUCACUCAUGGUGACCAACAGAAUGCUGAACUGAACAAGCUUGGAGAAAUGUGGAGGCCGCUGUCACGUCAUCGACAACAAAUACUGGAACACCAAUCAGCAGGGUCAGUACAGGGACAAUCAGUGCCAAGUAGCAGAGUUACUCAGCACCAUAGAGAAGAUGGUGAGAGAUAACGGAGGAGGGUUCUACACCAACGAGAUGCUACAAGAGGCAGAGAGAUUAAUACAAGCAGAGAUAGAGAGUCUUAGGAAGGAGUCAAAAGGCCAGAUGUCAGAGGAAGAGAUGAGAAAACAGGCUAAAGAAAUGGUGAGGAAGAAACUCCUGAUCAAACUCUCAGGGACACUAACAGAUGUUGGUUGGCAUAGCUGCAGGAGUUGUCUUUGGGACAUCCACAACAACAGGAGCAGUCAGUGGAGGGUCAGUAGGAGUUACUGCAGCAGAGGAGGCAGAGACAGUACUGGAGGCUUUAAGCUAAGGUUCUGAAUGUGCAAGAAGAAAACCUUUUGAAAGGUUAUAGUAACAGAUAAACUUGGAAUCAUUGAAAUAAAAGGUGGAAAAGUAUGUAUCAACAUCUGACUAACUAUGUAGACAUCAGUCAGUUAUAUUCCACUGUUGAAUAGCUCUUUGUCCCAUUUCUUUUUCUUUCUGUUUUGUUAAAAGCAGACAACAGGGUUAUGGUUAAACUGCAUGAAUAUUAGGAUAUUCAAUUUGAGUUUAAUAUUUUUUCAUGUUUAAUGUACAAAUUGAAUAAUUGAAUUGAUCAUUUGAACCUGUGUUUAAUCAUUUGAAACUGUAUUGAAUAAAUAUGUAAUUCAGUUCAAAAUGUCAAUUAAUUGAACAUUCAAGUUCAAUAUUUAUAUUUUCAGUUUCAAUCUGGUAAUUAUUGCAUUCAUUGUCUGUGUAUCAAGUUUAUAAACAAUCAUUUCAAGUUAAUCAAAGUUUAAUAUAUUCAACUUCACAGAUGCAUUUAGAUUCUGUUUUCAAGUUCAGUUCUCCAAAUCAGUGCCGUUUUAGCAUGUCAAUCUUGGUGGGGCAAACAAACCAAAAAAUGUUUUGAUGCAUGCCAGCAAAGCCACAACACAACACUAAACAAUAGAUUCAUAGCACUAUGACAAACGGUGCCCACAAACGGUUGAGGCCUACAUAAAGCUGUCCCAACAGCAGAGCUUUCUUUUCAGCACCAUGGAGUGAAUCCUUACCAGUGGUUUCUACUGACAAUUGAGAUGUACAAACUAUGGCAUAAGGGUACGACGAGCGGAUAAGAUGCAAUCCGUAAUUUCGAUUAAAACAAUGAGCGAAUUAGGAUGGAUGUAGUCAAUAUAAAAAAAAAAAUCAGCACUUUUGAAAUCUACAGCGACAGAAUUCAGAACAUCAAU